AUGACAGACAUCACUCCCGAGUUCAAUAAAUUGUUAAUGGGACUUAAUGCCCCUCCUACCGUUGAUCCUUCUUUGACUCUUCAAAAUAUUGAUGAAUUCCUAAAGGAAGCUUAUCGAAUAAAUUCCCAUAUAGCUUCAUUGAAUAGCUAUCUAAAAGAUAUACGACAAUCUUACCUUUCAACAACAGCACCUCCAGCAAGACGAACAAAUAUAUCUUCCAAGACGAAACAACGAAGACAUCUUACCGAUCGACAAAGAGAAGAAAUUGAUGCCGAAACAAAAAAGUUAUUACGAGAAUUGAAUUUCAAUAUAAAGAGUAUGGAUGAGGCUGAAGGAAUACGACAUACUACCGAAACACUCAUAAUUCAAAGUAAAUAUGCAAGAGCUCUUGGAAGAUUUGGAAAUUGGGCAGCAGGAGGAGGAGAACAAUCAAAAUCUUUGGAACAACAAUUGGAAGAAGCAAAAUUAAAUGCCAUCAAGAUGCAUCGAGAUAAUAUUAUAUGGUAUUUACGACAAAAACUUUCGGAAUGUGGAAAACUUCAAGCUUCAAUGAUGGAGAUUAGAAUUAUGAGAGAGGUGGAAAGGAAUAAGAGUAAUCUUGCCAAAUCUCGAGCUAUGAUGCCAGAUCUUGGGAAUUUGGGAGAUUCAUCAUCAACAAAGUUUACGUCAAGUGGAGAUGUUCAUCUUGAGGUACAAUCACCAUCACAAACACAACCAUCGGAUGAUCAAUUGAGUUCGGAACAAUUACAAAUGUUGGCGGAAGAAAAUCAUGAUAUGGUAAAACAUUAUCAAAGUACUUUGGAUCAAGUCAAAACAGCAGAAAAGUCCUUGAUUGAAAUUUCGGAACUUCAAACUCAACUCUUAAACAGUGUAGCAUCACAAGCGGAACAAAUUGAAAUUCUAGCCGAACAAUCUUAUCAAACUACCGAAAAUGUUGGGGGAGGUAAUAAGGAGUUGAAAAGGGCAACGGAAAGAAAGAGUACAGCCAAGUAUGUAUUCUAUGCAUCAUGUGGUCUUAGUGCUUUUUUGAUAUUAUGGGAUUUAGUGAUAUGA